GCGUUGAGCAGGUGACAAUAGCGUAUUCACAACCACCAGACAGGCGCGCCUGCUAACUAGUCGGGACUGCAUUGUCCGAGGACAGGUAUAUUGUCUGAUUUCGAAUGUUAAUACUGACUCCCAUACAUUCUUUACCAUGAGCGAUUCAGUUUCACCCGCAAAGCAUCGUGACAAGACUGUGAAGGUCAAGUACUCAGCCAAGGGCAAGCGGAGGAGGAAUGCAGCAAAAGAUCAUACCAAAGCAGUCCCAGGAGAAGAGUCAGAUGCGCCUAGUGAGGCAUCACACGCGCCAGCGUCCUCCGAGGUGGUCUCAGAGGUACCAGAGGGAAGUCCUGGUUCCAAGGCGGCGGACAUGAAUUUACCAGGUCCAUCUCCCAAGCCGCGAAGACAAAACUCCGAAGAGAGUCGGAGCCCUUCUAAACCCCCCAGUACAUCGACACACCACCGGACGUCAUUGUCACCAUCUGUUCGGCACCGACAGGAGAGCUCGGCUACUAAGCCACCUUCAUUGAGAGGGCGGCCAACGAGUCCGUCAGAUGAUGCUGACGAGACAGAGUCCGUCGCUGAAUCUUCGUCUGGGACUCGAAUCUAUAGAAGUGAACCAGAGCGGAUCGAAUAUUUCAAGAAACAGCCCGAAUGCGGUGAAUUGGAACCACAUCGCGCAUUCUGCACGCGAUGUGACAGCUGGAUAAACCUCGGAAAGGGACGAACAUAUAUCGUGCGGCCGUGGGAGAGACAUCGAGCGAAAUGUGAUCCCAAGCCACCAACCGCGAAAGAGACCAAGCCAACCUCAACAGAGGAUGUGACUGAAGUAAAGGAAGACGAACCCGCGCCUAUAUCGCUUCACCUGAGUGUGGCAAUGUCCCCAGGAAAAACUGAACCUUCGUUAACGCCGGAAGACAAGCCUCCCAGCAAAACCGAAUCGUUGAGGCUGGCCAUAUUGCAAGCCGACUUUCGUGCACAGGAGAUAAAGCCUCACGAAGUGUUCUGUCGAGCGUGCCAGAAAUGGAUUAAGUUGUCUCCUCACCAACCGUAUGUCCUGACCAAUUGGCAAAGUCACCAGCAACAUUGCACGGGUUCUACUCCCCAAAGCAGAAUAGCUACUACAGAGAGAAAGAUUGCUUUGUUGAACGACCCACAGGUGAAGGCACUUACCACGAGGAGUAUUUGUUGUGCAUGCUGUAAGGACACGGUGAUGCUGGGGGGAGAAGUGGACUAUGACCACACGAAAUGGAACGAGCAUAAGAAGACAUGUAUCCCCGUGACCCCAGCUGUUCCGACGACGGCUUCCAAGGCUCUUUCAUCGCGUCUAUCAUUCCCGCCUCCUACACCUGGCAACGUCACUACCCCGACGCCCAUAAGCAGAACCUCAUCACGAAGCCUGAUAUUUCCUCGAAGCUCCUUGACUGACGCGCCCAGACUUGGAGACAAGCGUGCACGCGAAGAGGGGGGGACGGAAGUCGUCGAGGACAGCCGACCCUCGAAUCAGAGGGAGCCCCCUGGCCCGUGGGGAUGGUUCAUGCAGCCGCUAAAGGCGUUUAUCCGUGGCUUCCGGGAGGGCUUAGGAACUCCUACGUAACAGCCGGAAGCGUACAUACAUAUAAGUACAAUUGGAGUGAUUAAGUACGCGGUCCAUGAC